GGAGAGCAAAGGUAACCGGGGCCGGGGCUGGGCACCGGGCGGGGCGCUUUGCACCAUGCUCGUCGGGGGCUGGCAGGGCCUCGGCACCGCCCUAGCCGCCCUGGGAGCUGGGGCCCUGCUCCGAGCCGGUCCAGCACAGCUGCGAGCUAUCUUCUUGCACACAGAGCACGAGCAGAGGAAGUCAAAGACCAUCACACAAGCCAACAUGAAGGUGGAAUUGCUCCCAGCCCUUACAGACAACUACAUGUACCUCCUCAUCGAUGAGGAAACGAAGGAGGCUGCAAUAGUGGAUCCUGUGCAGCCCCAGAAGGUUUUGGAUGCUGUCAAAAAGCAUGGGGUGAAGCUGACAACUGUCCUGACCACCCAUCACCACUGGGACCAUGCUGGAGGAAACGAGAAGCUGGUGAAGAUGGAGACGGGGUUGCGUGUCUAUGGGGGAGACAGCAGAGUCGGAGCCCUGACCCAGAAAGUGUCUCACCUUACAUCCCUUAAGGUGGGAUCUCUUAAUGUGAAAUGCCUCUGUACGCCGUGUCACACUUCUGGACACAUCUGUUAUUAUGUGACUAAGCCAAAUAGCUCCGAGCCACCUGCAGUUUUUACAGGUGACACACUGUUUGUGGCUGGAUGUGGGAAAUUCUUCGAGGGAACCCCAGAGGAGAUGUACAGAGCUCUGAUUGAGAUCUUGGGCACCUUGGACCCCAAAACGAGAGUUUACUGCGGUCACGAAUACACAAUCAACAACCUCAAGUUUGCUCGACACGUUGAACCCAAUAAUGCUUCCAUCCAGGAAAAGCUUGCUUGGGCCAAGGCAAAGUACGACAGUGGUGAGCCAACCAUACCCUCCACCAUUGCAGAAGAGUUUACGUACAACCCCUUCAUGCGAGUGAGGGAGAAGACAGUUCAGGAGCAUGCUGGGGAGACCGACCCCAUCCGAACAAUGGGGGCCAUCAGGAAAGAGAAGGAUAAUUUCCGAGUCCCGAAGGACUGAGCACUGCCUGGAUCACUUUAAUGUCAGUUCAAGUGUAAUUUAGACUGUUCAGAUGUCUUAGGAGUUGAACCUUUUGUUGUGGUUGAGUCAUAUUUAGGCUUUUAUUUUGUUUUAAUUAAGGUAAAAAGAAGCACUUUGCCCUUGUUGAGAUGUUCUACAGCAUAUUUAUAUUAUGAUGAAGAAUAUUUAUCCUUCUAUUUCUGGCUCUCAAACUGUCACACAUGUCACAUGCACAUCAUUUUCCAAGUGUUGAUACGUGGCUCAGAGCCUGGGGUGGGGAAGGGUCGAACCCUGAGGUCUAGGAAGAAGCUCUUGUUCUGUCUGUAGGAGCCUGCUGCAAACAACAGUGGGACUGUGCCCUGAGAUACCGUCAUCUAAACCAGACAAACUGCAGUAACUGCAUUGCCAGCUGAGGAGCUGAACCUGCCUGCCAUGCUGCUACUUAAAUGCCUCCAAGCCUGGCACCUCUGGCUCCACUAAAACCAGUUCUUGGUGACAGACCCACUCUGCUGGUGUGGGGCUCAGGUGGUGACAUCGUCUUGCUCUGACCCUGCCCCCUGGGGGCUGCCCAGCUCUUUUGUCUCUGACAUUCCCUCCCCUGGGCUGCAGUAAAUACCAGGCAGCUGCUUAGAGGUUGCACUGUUGCUUAAACCUUCCACUCUUACGCCUGUCCGCAUGUACCUGCUUACUGCUUUCAAGCGUGAUCUGUAUGUUACUUGUAUUAGUACCACACAAAUGAAGAAGGGAUUUGUCUGCUGGCCUAAAUCCUGAGAAGAAACCACUUACCUAGUGACUGUGUGCUGAUGGGACUCCUCUACUGAUGCCUUGCUGCUGAGAGCCAGGGCAGCUGCUUUGUGCCUUGCUGUGAGUAACAGGACAAAUGAGUAUUUUACUACCUGUUUGCUGUUCCCCAGCGGGAGAGCAACUGUUAUGGUGAGACUCUGGCUUUGGGGCUGUGUGUGCUGGGGAGUUUUAUCACCAAAAGGGUGCUCAGGCAUUGGAACAGGCAGUGGUGGAGUCACCAUCCCUGCAAGUGUUCACACACCAUGUAGACAAGGCCCUCAGUGCCAUGGGUUAGUGGUGGCCUUGGCAAUGCUGGGCAAUGGUUGGACUUGAUGAGCUUAAAGGGCUUUUCCAAGUGUGUGUCAGAGUGGGGGGUAAAUUUUGGGGGAAAACUAAUCCAAGUUUGCAGUGAGGGGGUCCUGCACUUCCCAUCCUCCAGCUUGAUGUCUUCACACGCAAGAGAUGUGAGUAAAGGGUGAGGAGCAUCCUUGUGGACUUGGCAUCUGUGUCUGUAAUGCAUCUUCCUCCUAAUGGUAUCUCCUUCCUUAUCAUGCUCUCUGCUUGCUGCAGAUCUGCUCAAGUACAAGAGGUUUUCAAACAAAUCUUUUGCAGCUAAAACUAACAGAAGUGUCAAAAUGAUUUUGGUUCUGUUUUCUCCCCCUCUCCCCAGUGCAUGUUGGUAAGUAACCCCACGAUGGAUUGUCACCUGGGGUCCCCGGUGUGACCACAAGCUGCUGUUCCUCAGUGUCUGAGCUGGGUUUGGGGUAGCACCGUUUCUUUAUUUGCUUUAAAAAGGUGAAUUUGAUGUAGUUCAGACAGAAAAGUGGUACCUGAAUCUUCACUACCUUGAAUGCUGUGCUGCUACAACGGAGCGUGAUUGUACCGGUGGCUGUUUGAUGGAGAGCAAAUAAAUGACAACUGUAAAGCCA